GUAGUUGCUAAGGUCCAUAGCAACAAGGAACGAAAGAGUUGAAGAGAAAAUGUCUCAACCGACUGUACUUCAGCAGAUUGAGGAAAUUAAGGCAAAGAUAACACUUAUAGAAGGUGACCAAAAGGCUUAUCUAGAGUCGUCAGAAUGGACAAGAAAACAAAACAAAGAGAUGAUUGCCAAGAAGCGAUCAGAAUUGAAAUCUUUGUAUAAAACCAUCGCUGAGCAGAAAGCAGCCGAUCAAGAUGUUAUUAACAAGGCCUUUGUUGAUCGUCCCAAAGAAAGGAUGGCUUACAAAAAUAAGACAGGACUGACUGCCGUUGAAAAGAUGGAUGAGAAAGUAUCAGACAAAUUGAAACAGCUUGAUUCAAUGAGGAACAGGACAGUAACACUUCAGAAGAAAUUGGAAACGAAGAGAACAGAAUAUAAUCAAAAAGUAAAGGAUGCCAGUGAUGCUGUAGCAACUGAUGCCGGAGAAUCCCCUGAAGCUCAGCGCCUUCGUGACUUGGAAAACCGCUUAGAUAAAUCAAAUCUAAAGUGUAAAGAAGCUGAACAUAUCCGUAAAACGUACUUAGAAAUUAAAUCGAAAUUAGAAGGCGAACAUAAAGGUUUCGAUAAUACUAUUAAUAACAUGGAAAUGGAAAUAAGAAGAUGCCAAGAAGAGCUGAGGGAACUUAAAACAAUGCGGGAUGAUGCGGAAAUUGCCAAGAACGUUGCAAAGAGUGAACUGGAAAAGAAAGAGCGUAAGGUCUAUGCUGAUAGAAAGCAAAGAGAAAUAGAAUUACAGGAAAUGAAGAAAAUUGCGGAAGAAAAGCAAGCUUACCACGAUAGAGUUGAGAGACGUAUGCAACAAAGAAAUUCGCUUACUGGAGAUGAUCAGGCUGCGCAGCAGAUUAAUUUGGGAUCGGAGGAAGAACAACAAAAAAUCACGUCCUACGAACAAGCCUUUAAAGUAAUUAAGGAGGCUACCAGCGUCCAUGAUACACAAGAAGUUGUUAAGAGAUUUGAAAAUCAGGGAGAAACUCAACAACAUCUAGAAGAACUUAAGAAACAAAAUCAGAAAGAGAUUGGACGGCUUAGAGAGAGGAAAGAAAAGUUGGAUGAAGAGUUUGAAGAGAAAAAGUAUACAGGCGAAAAGAAAUUAUCUGAUGGCGAGAGAAUGUUGGAAAGAUACGAAGAAAUAUUAGAGAAGGAAGAACACCGUAGAAUCCUCUCUAAGGAAAAAUUGGAGAGAAGCUCUAAAACUUUAGUUGAGUCAAAGAGUGGUGUAAAUCAUUUAUCAGAAAAACUAAAGAGCCUGAAAGCAUCAAAAUCAAACGUACAGAAAGCUAAAGUGUCACCACAGUCGGAUGAAUACGUUCUGGAGCAAUUGUCUGUUUGCGAGGAAAAACUAUUAAAAUUACUACAAGAGUUGGAAAAUGUCGAUUUAGAUGAAACACAAAGAAGGAUGGAAGAGGAAGAAUUUAAUUCGCGAGAAUUUGGUCUACCAAGAUACAAUCAACGUGUUAAAUUUCCAUUGGAACAAUCUAAAACCAUGUUCGACGAAGAUGAGAACAGCGGCGAAGACGAUCAGGAUGCUAUGACACGAGAAAAGAUUAAAGAGGAGAGCGAACAAAUGAGGGACUCGAAGAAGAGAAGAGGAAAGAAGAAGAAGAAAUUUUAA